AUGGAUACUUGGGCAACUAGCUCUGUUUCGCCGCAACUUUCAACAUGGGGUAUUUCUGAUGAGUUUGCCGUGAAUAAGGAUAGGCAUAAUAACUUAUUCCCAAUGGAUUUAAGACCUCAAGCACAUGAGAUUAUUAGAACUUGGGCAUUCUAUACUAUCUUAAAAGCUCAUCUACAUCAAAAUACUCUACCAUGGAAAAAUAUUAUGGUAAGUGGUUGGUGUUUGGCUGAAGAUCGUAGUAAAAUGUCUAAAUCCAAAGGAAAUGUAUUAGUACUGGAAAAAUUGCUAGAGCAAUACGGUUCUGAUGUUAUACGUUAUUGGUCUGCUAAUUCGAAAUUAGGAGCUGACACUGCCUAUUCAGAUGCCGUAAUGAAAAAUGGUAAAAGGCUUGUUAAUAAGCUGUGGAAUGCUGCUAAAUUUGUCUCGCAACAUUUUGAUAAAUUAUCUGAUGAAGACAAAAAAGCAAAUCUUAUAUAUGUGAAAGAAAAAAUUGCUCAUGAAUUCGAUCAGUGGAUAAUUAAUAAAUUAGUAGAGCUAGUAAACAAUGCAACAAACGAGUUGCAAAAUUAUGAAUAUGCUAACGCUAUGCAUUUAACGGAAAAAUUUUUCUGGUCAGUAUUUUGUGAUAAUUAUUUAGAAAUCAGUAAAACACGUGCUUAUGAUGAAGAAAAUAAAAACCCUAGCGGACAAUAUAGUAGCAUAUUAACGCUUUAUCACGUCAUGCAAACCCUACUUAAACUAUUUGCACCAUUUAUGCCACAUAUUACCGAGGAGUUGUAUCAAAUAUUAUAUAGUGAAAAUUUUAUUCACAUUAAAGGUAAGUGGAUUAAUUAUGGUAAUUUAAACUAUAAAAUAGAUGCAACACAGCCAGAAGGUUUGCUUGAGAUUUUAGAUCAUGUUAGAAAAUUUAAAGCUGAAAAGAAUCUAUCCAUAAAAGCAGAAGUACAAUUGCUUGAAGUUAGCGGCAUUGAAUUAUCCGAAGAAUUGACAUCAGAUUUAAAAAAUGUUACAUCAGCAAAAGAAGUAAAAUUUAAACCAACAAAUGAUGAAAUUAAAGUCAGUAUUCUCACCUAA